AUGGCAAGACUUACAUUCUCACUGUGCUUCAUUGGUUUUUUCUUGUGUCUCAUUAUGUGCACCAAUUCUGUGCAAGGGAAAACAUGGUGUGUAGCUCAAAGCCAGGCUACCGAACCGAAGUUGCAACAAGUUCUUGACUAUCUUUGUGGACAAGUCGACUGCAAGGAGAUUCAACCUGGAGGAUCGUGCUUUAACCCUAACACUGUGCGAAAUCAUGCGUCUUAUGCUAUUGAUCUUAACUUUCAAAUUAAUGGUGUAUGCGAUAUUAGUUACGCUACUCCUGCUGUCACAGAUCCAUGUAAGUUUCUUUUUGUAUUGGAAUAUUUUCUAAAGAAAUGCUCCGGCACAUCAAAUAUCGGCUUUCGGGACAUGUGUCUACCCGUAACUGAUGAAAAAUUCGUAAUCGAACGACACAUUGAAGGGAAGAUCAUAUUUUUUUUCAAAUUCUUGAAGGGUGAAAAGAAUAAAGCUAAUGGGAAAACAUGGUGUGUAGCUCAAAGCCAGGCUACCGAACCGAAGUUGCAACAAGUUCUUGACUAUCUUUGCGGACAACUCGACUGCAAGGAGAUUCAACCUGGAGGAUCAUGCUUUAACCCUAACACUGUGCGAAAUCAUGCGUCUUAUGCUAUUGAUCUUAACUUUCAAAUUAAUGGUGUAUGCGAUAUUAGUUACGCUACUCCUGCUGUCACAGAUCCAUCUUUCGGGACAUGUGUCUACCCGUAA